CGCUCGCCCACACGAGCGCUCGCAGCUCUGCAUACCCACCGGGAUCACUACCCUAUUACGUGCGCCAACGACCUUGAUUUUGCGGUCUGGGUCCUGAUGGUCGCCCGGUCGAGAUGAUAAAUAGGGCUGGACGUGUCCACGGCUGCCCACAACCCUCAGAUGCGGACCCAGCAUCCCACCGUCGCUCCCGGCCGCCGACCCCGUCUCUAGCCCCGCCAAGCUUCUUCCCGGGUGAUCAACCAAGACCUGGACCAAGGUUCAACCCUCCAACAUGCUCCCGUCUCAGCUGCUGGCGUGCGUCGCCGCCCUCGCCCGUGUGGGCCUUGCGGCCACCCUCCCCCCUGCAUCCGAGCUGGUGCGCCGCGAGGAGAGCGUCGCCAAGACAUCAGACGGCAUGAUUUGGAGGGGCGCCGUGUUCCCCGGGGCUGCGCCUGUUGAGCUCCAUGGAGAUGUCGAGGACAUUUUUAACCAGAUCCUCGCCUUGAACCCCAACUACGCCCCCACGGACUCGGCUGAGGCUUUGGGCAUGACGGGCGAGAACGCCGCCCCGACCAGCGGCACCACGGCCAACGCCAUGAGCGUCCUCGCCAACGGCGUAACGUGCAAGGUCAUGGGGGUGGGACAGUUCCUUUCGAUAAGGGAGGGCUACCGCAGACUGGCCCAGCUGGGAGGCAACUGCGGCACGCCGGCGAGGGACUGCCGGCGCAUGACGUGCAACAGCCCCAACAGCGCCACGUACAUUUGCAGCGAGCAAGAUUCCCACACCGAGAUCCCCUGCGCGAGGGCGGCGCAGAUUAUCGAAAUCGACAUUGCCAGCACCAGCAAGGGCAACUGCGGGUGCUGGGACGGCAGGACACCCUUCCUCCUCAGCGGCAACUACUACGAGGGCUGGUUUAGUAUUUGGGCCGGCUUCGGCCGUUGCGGAACUGCCCCCAACCAGCGCCCGACAGCCUACCCGUUUCCCGGCGAGCAGGGAUGGCCUGACUACUGCCCGUGAUUCACCGAGGCUCCUGUUGGACAAAGACUGUAGCCUUUUUGAGCCCAUAUAUACUAAUGCUCCUUCGAAACACUUCCGUUUUCUUGUGAAUUGCUAUGUACAAUUUGAAGUUUCCACCCCGUCUCCCCACCCGCGUUUUCGC